GAAAUCGGCAGUCUCAAUAUUGAAAGCCAGCUAGAAUGAACACCGCGCAUCGUAAUCCAUUUAUUUUGCUGCUGCUUCUCCUCUGCGUUGCCAUCUCUGUAGCGUACAACAACACCACAAAUUGCAAGCAUCGCUGUGGUAGCGGCGAUUGCAUUCAACUGGAUCAGCUGUGCGAUGGCAGGGCUCAGUGUUUGGAUGCCUCCGAUGAGACUGUUGAGAUGUGCGGCCAGGUCUGGUGUCCGGGCUACAGUUUCCGCUGCAGUUAUGGCGCUUGUGUUGCCAGCACGGCCGUGUGCGAUGGCCAGCAUGACUGUGUGGAUGGAUCCGAUGAGGAAGGAUGGCUGUGCCGGGCACAGAUGCAGCAGGCCAACUGCGACAACUGGGAGAUGUACUGCCAAUCCGGACAAUGCGUACCUUAUUCGGGGCUUUGUGAUGGCAAAAAGGAUUGUCUGGAUGGGGAUGAUGAGCUAGACACCUUAUGCGAAGGCGCGACUAAGGCCAGCUCAACCAUCAACUCAUCUACCACUACAGACAACUACAUCGUAUUGAUGGGAUCGACAACGUCAAUGCGAAACCUGACUGCUCCACGCCAGGAAGACGACGAGUGCGUAGUGCCCCAGAUAGCGAAUCUAAUAAUAAAGCAUUCUAGCAAUGCUGUCCUUCGUGCAGGCACGAAAGUACCCAACGACACAAGGAUUCACUAUGACUGCCCAGCAGAUCAUUCGCUCAAAGGAGAGCACGAGAAUAUCUGCAGUGCACCCAUGUGGCUGCAUCAGUUUCCAUACUGUGAAACUCCCACAUCUCCCGUUUUUAGCCUGGUCAUAGCAAUGUUCUCCUUCUUGAUAGUCGUCCUGCUGGUGCUCAUCUACAAAGUGCGCAGGGACGACCGCCAUAGGCCGCGCGAAGAGCUAAUUUGGCUGGUAGAAAACACAAACAAUCCUCCAAAGCCGUCGGACAUAGCCAAGGUCUAAGAGUAGCUCGUUAUUGUAAUUUAAACUACCAUUAAAACUAAAGUAUUAAAACAAAUUUAAAGAGCAACCGUUUAGUGUUGCAAAGCGAGUGCAGCUUUAGUGCUGCAAGACGACGUUAUUUUGCCUCAAGAAUCAUGUUUAUCUCGCGCCGCGCCCCCAGCUCCACAUUAUUGUUCCAGUGCCUCAAUUGUAAGCAUCAUCAUAGGUCCAAACUUGAUUCCGGCAUCAUUAGAUAACGAAUUGCUUUUGCAGCCGGCGACAGUUUCCCUCAA